GAGAGAAAAAAACGUUUUUUUUGGGUCAAGCCUUUGGAAAAAAUGUUGGGUGUCUUGGUCUGGUUGUGGUGUGGGGGCAGUGGAUUGGGGUGGUGGCUUCUGAGGGGGUCCACAAGGAGGACAGUCCAGCCCAGGACACUGCUGGUCGCUCUGCUGUCCCUGUCCAGUGGGGGUCGAGGGGCUUCUGUGCCCCCAGUGAGGAUCUCCUACCCUGGAGCCUGUCCCAACCAACUCAACCCCAACCUGUGGGUGGACGCACAGAGUACCUGCGAGAGAGAGUGCCACACGGAUGAGGACUGCCAGAACUUUGAGAAGUGCUGCACCAACGUGUGUGGUCAAAAGAGCUGUGUGGCCGCCAGGUUUGCUGACGGGAGCCUGGCCUCCCUGGAUGUGCCCAAAGAGGCAACGUGCGAGAGCUUCGUGUGCACCCAGCAGGGCUCGGAGUGUGACAUCUGGGACAGACACCCCGUGUGCAAGUGCAAGGAUCGCUGCGAGAAGGAGCCUCACUUCACUUGUGCCUCAGACGGCCUGACUUACUACAACAAGUGCUACAUGGACGCGGAGGCUUGCAUAAGAGGCAUCAGCUUGACGGUGGUGACCUGUCGCUACCACAUCGCUUGGCCCAACACCAGCCCUCCGCCCCUGGAGACCACAGCCAACCCAACCUCCACCACCUCGCUGGAAGACCCAAUCCCCCCGGCUCUCUACACCAACCCGUUCCACCAGUCGGUCUACGUCGGAGGCACUGUCAGCUUCCACUGUGACGUGAGCGGUCGCCCCAGGCCAGACGUGACUUGGGAGAAGCAGAGUGACUACCCUGAGAACAUCAUCAUGAGGCCGGAUCAGAUGUAUGCCAACGUGGUGGUGACCAACAUAGGGCAGCUUGUGAUCUACAACACCCAACAGCAAGACGCUGGCAUCUAUACGUGCACUGCCAGGAAUGCUGCCGGGCUCCUCCGAGCCGACUUCCCGCUCUCGGUCAUCAAGCAGGAGCACUCGGGGAGGUCUGCGCCCAAAAGCAAGGCUCCCUUCCCCGCGGCAGAGUGCCUGAAAGACCCGGACAAGAGGGACUGCGCCAACAGGCACGUUCGCUGGUUCUACGAGCGCUCCAAAGGAACCUGCUCCACCUUCAUCUCGGGCGGCUGCGAUGGGAACAGGAACCAGUUCGAGACGUACGAGGAAUGUAGGUUGUCCUGCAUGAACGACACGGUCAAUAUCUGUACGUUCCCCGCCGUCCAGGGCUCCUGCAAGAUGUGGGAGGCACGCUGGGCUUACAACUCGCUCAUGAAGCACUGCCACGCUUUCGUGUACGGCGGGUGCGAGGGCAACGAGAACAACUUCGAGAGCAGAGAGGUGUGCGAGGACACCUGCCCCUUCCCCAAAAGCCAGCAGUGUAAAGCCUGCAAACCCAGGCACAAGAUCGUGCCCAGCUUCUGCAAGAGUGACUACGCCAUCGUGGGCAAGGUGACCGAGAUCUCGGAGGAGCAGGAUUCAGGGGUGGCUCGUUUCACCCUGGACGAGGUGCUGAAGGACGAGAAAAUGGGCCUGAAGUUCUUUGACUUCAAGCACUUGGAGGUGAUCAUGAUCAACGUGGAUUGGAACUGCCCCUGUCCCAACAUCAGCCUGGUGGACGGCCCGCUGCUCAUCAUGGGCGAUGUCCACGACGGCAUGGCCGUGCUCGACUCCGAGAGCUACGUGCGAGCCGUCAAUGAGAAACGCGUCAAAAAGAUCCACGAAAUCAUCGAGAAAAAGACUUGUGAACUCCUGCACCGCUUCCAGGACUAGCUGGGGACCUCCUUCACUCUCUCGCCCACCAGAUCUUCUCAUAGAUUCUAGUUCCUCAAGUUAACCUCGUUACCUCUUGUCUUAAAAUCUAAGAUGCAGAAACCGUUUGUAUUUUUAUUUAUAUUUCUGCCUCUCUCACCCCUUCCCUGCUCCCCCACUCACACGCACAUCCACUCUUUAUUCUCCUCUCCACCCCCCUCCACCCCCCUCUCAACCACCCCGUGCCGUUUACCAGAGAGCAUUGGAUGGACACAGUUCCUUGCAUCCGCCAGUUCAGCUGAUGGGACAAUUAUACAGCAAUUCCAUCAUCAUUUUGCAUCCCAGUUCUGUACUGACGUGUGUUUGAUAAAAAGAAAGGUAUUUAAGCUAAAUUCUGUGCCUUGGUUUUGCGUUGAGAAACUGAAAACGGGAAAGUAACCAAAAUGCAAGUUGUUGUCAUCCUUAUUUAAACAACACCGACAACAACUUGCACUUAUAUAGCGCCGUCCAGGCAGGGUAGGUCUCCGAGCGCUUAAAGGGUGCAAGACACUCGGAUGUUGGCUACAAGUGUCAUCUGAGCACUGCUGCACAUUUUAUUGUCUCCUCGCACUCCUCUCAGACUUGGUCCGGCGCUGUGGUCCUUGAUCCAUCACCUAUAACAAUCCUCGCA